AUGAGGUGUUCAGCUCUGUUAAUAUUCCUUCUGGGGUUGUCUCUUUGGACCACUGCACUCUCUUUGAAGAUCUGUGCUUUCAAUGUACGUAGCUUUGGGGAGGCAAAAGCCAACAACAAAAAGGCAAUGGCAUUACUGACCAAGAUCAUUGCCCGCUGUGAUUUGUGCUUGAUUCAGGAGGUACGAGAUUCCAAAGGCAUAGCCAUACCUACACUAGUGAAAAAUCUAAACAGAUUUGACAACUCCCAUUCAUACGCUUAUGUCGAGAGCAAAAGACUUGGAAGAAAGACUUAUAAAGAGCAAUAUGUUUACAUAUACAGAAAAGACAUGCUGCAGAUGGGAGAUCAUUAUCAGUUUCCUGAGCUGAAGGAAGGGGAGACCAACGAGACUGAAGUUUUCUCCAGAGAGCCGUUCAUUGUUCGGAUUCACUCUCCCACCACCUUGGUGAAAGAUUUUGUCCUCAUUGGACAACAUACUUGUCCAAAGAAUGCCAUGAAGGAAAUUGAUGAACUGUACAAUGUCUUUCAAGGAGUCACAAAGAAAUGGAAAACUGAGAAUGUGAUGUUUUUGGGGGAUCUCAAUGCAGCAUGUGGUUACGUCACCAUCAAAGGUUGGGGUAACAUCCGUCUCAGGACCGACCCCAGAUUCCACUGGCUGAUAGGAGAUGAAGAGGAUACCACUGUCCGGGAGAACACACGCUGUGCUUAUGACAGGAUUAUUGUUCAUGGUAAAGAACUGAUGCAAGGGACUAUGCCUGAAUCUGCUCGACCUUUUAAUUUUAAAAAGGAGUUUCAACUGACUGAGGAAGAGGCUCUGCAGGUGAGUGACCACUAUCCAGUGGAGGUGGACCUAAAAUCAAACCAUCGCUAUCUCAUCCGCCACGAGCUCUGA